CCAAUGUCACCGCGGGCCCUGGAUUUGUCAUUUUUCCUGCCUCGAGUCAGGUCUCACUUGUCAUCUCGUUCAGUCUAGGGAGAAGAGAGGUAAACAUUUAAAAACAAACACUAAAAUGAGAAAGAAUUCACUGGGAGUUCAUCAGACGCAGUGAAAAUAGGUAAAUAGCUCUCUGGCAGGUGCCUGGCACGGAGAAGGAGCCAAUACUUCCUCACCAUGCUACAGAAAUUAAUACUUUUUUUCCUGGGAUUGGUGGUACAAAAUUUCUGCUCCCUGCCUGAAACUACAGAACAGACAAAAAGAUGCGAUAAGAAAUCUCUGCUUGUAAUGAGGACUGAGUGCCAGUCCUGCUCACUCAACUUUGGAAUGAAGUGCCCAGAUGGUUACACCAAGGUUACCAAUGGCUCCAAAGGGGUUCGAGACUGCAGGUACACCUUUGAGAUCAGAACAUACUCGCUGUCUCUCCCUGGAUGCCGCCACAUCUGUAGGAAGGACUAUCUGCAGCCUCAGUGCUGUCCAGGCCACUGGGGCCCAGACUGCAUGGAGUGCCCAGGAGGAGCGAGGUCCCCGUGCAGUGGCAGGGGCAGUUGUGUGGAAGGCAUGGAAGGAAAUGGAACCUGCUUGUGCCAAAAAGGGUUUGGUGGAACAGCCUGUGAAAUCUGUGAGGAUGACAGUUUAUUUGGACCCAACUGCUCAGCAGUGUGCAACUGUGUGCAUGGAGUCUGCAACAGUGGACGCGACGGUGAUGGAACCUGUGAGUGCUACUCUGCAUAUACGGGCCCCAACUGUGACGAGCCCAUCCCCGAAUGUGCAGCAUUGCUCUGCCCAGAAAAUUCCAGAUGCUCACCUUCCAGCGAAGAUGAAACAAAACUAGAAUGCAAAUGCCUUCCCAAUUACAAAGGCGACGGCAAAUACUGCGAGCCCAUUAAUCCAUGUUUGCAAAGUAUCUGCCACCCUCAUGCUCGCUGCACGUACCUGGGACCAAAUCAGCACAAUUGUACAUGCCAAGAAGGCUACCACGGGGAUGGUCAAGUGUGCUUACCAGUUGACCCCUGCCAAAUUAACUUUGGAAACUGCCCUGCAAAGUCUACAGUGUGCAAAUAUGAUGGGCCCGGACAGGCUCACUGUGAGUGUAAGGAGCAUUACCACAACUUUGUGCCUGGAGUGGGGUGCAGCAUGACUGAUAUCUGUCAAUCUAAUAACCCCUGUCACAAGAAUGCAAACUGCACCACCAUCGCACCAGGCCAAACCAAAUGCACUUGCCAGAAAGGUUACGUGGGCGAUGGCUCAACGUGUUAUGGAAACAUCAUGGAGCGACUCAGAGAAUUAAACACUGAACCCAAAGGAAAAUGGCAAGGAAGGCUGACGUCUUUCAUCUCGCUCCUGGACAAAGCCUAUGCCUGGCCGCUGAGUGACCUGGGACCAUUCACUGUGCUGUUGCCGACAGACAAGGGACUGAAAGGAUUCAAUGUAAAAGAGCUUUUGAUGGAUAGUAAGGCCACUCAGUACUUCGUGAAACUCCAUAUAAUUGCUGGGCAGAUGAACACAGAGCGUAUGAAUAACACAGACACAUUCUAUACCUUGACUGGAAGGUCAGGGGAAAUCUUCAAUGGUGAGAAGGAUAAUCAACUAAAGCUUAAGCUCUAUGGAGGCAGCAAAAAGGUCAAAAUUAUACAGGGGGACAUAAUCGCUUCCAAUGGGCUCUUGCACAUCCUCGACAGAGCCAUGGACAAGAUGGCACCCACCUUUAAGAGCGACACUGAGCAAACCAUAAUGACAAUGCUACGACCAAGAUACAGCAAGUUCAGAUCUUUGCUAGAGAAAACCAAUGUGGGACAUGCCUUAGAUGACGAUGGAGCUGGUGGAUCGUACACUAUUUUUGUUCCAAGUGAUGAAGCAUUGAAUAACAUGAAGGAUGGUACUCUCGAUUACCUUCUUUCUCCAGAGGGAUCUCGGAAGCUUCUGGAACUUGUCAGAUACCACAUUGUCCCAUUUAUCCAGCUUGAGGUGGCCACCCUCAUUUCAACCCCUCACUUUAGGACCAUGGCCAACCAGAUCAUACAGUUUAACACAACCAACAAUGGACAGAUUCUGGCAAAUGAUGUGGCCAUGGAAGAAAUUGAGGUCACUGCCAAAAAUGGCCGAAUUUACACACUGACUGGAGUUCUCAUACCUCCCUCCAUCGUCCCAAUUCUGCCCCACCGAUGUGAUGAAACAAAGAGAGAGCUGAAGUUGGGCACUUGUGUGAGGUGUUCCGCGGUGCUUCAGAGCAGAUGUCCUGCUAACUCCGAGCCCACAGCACUCUUCACACACAAAUGUGUCUACACUGGCAAAACACGGAGCCUGAAGAGUGGCUGUGCCAGAUACUGCAAUGCCACUGUGGAGGUACCAACGUGCUGCAAAGGUUUCUAUGGCCCCGACUGCAACCAAUGUCCAGGAGGCUUCUCGAACCCGUGCUCGGGAAAUGGACAGUGCGCAGAUGGCCUCGGUGGCAAUGGGACGUGCAUCUGCCAGGAUGGCUUCCAAGGCUCCCAGUGUCAAUUCUGCUCAGAUCCCAAUAAAUACGGACCUCGGUGUGACAAAAAAUGUCUGUGCAUUUACGGAACGUGUGAUAACAGGAUCGACAGUGAUGGGGCCUGCCUCGCUGGCACAUGCAGAGACGGUUCUGCUGGGAGAUUCUGCCACAAGCAGACCUCAGCCUGUGGGCCCUUCAUGCAGUUUUGUCACAUCCAUGCCACUUGUGAAUACAGCAAUGGGACAGCGAGCUGUGUUUGCAACGCAGGAUAUGAAGGAGAUGGAAGCCUCUGUUCAGACGUGGACCCUUGCUCAGGACUAACCCCGGGCGGCUGCAGCCGCAAUGCAGAAUGCAUCAGAACCGGCACGGGGACCCACACCUGCCUGUGCCAGCGGGGAUGGACCGGGGACGGAAGAGAUUGCUCAGAGAUCAACAACUGUCUGCUGCCCAGCGCUGGCAGCUGCCACGGCAAUGCCACCUGUUUAUACGUAGGCCCCGGGCAGCAUGAGUGUGAGUGCAAGAAAGGAUUUCGAGGCAACGGGAUAGACUGCGAACCAAUAACUUCAUGCAUAGAACAAACUGGGCAAUGUCACCCACUGGCCACCUGUCAGUUUACUUCUCCUGGCGUCUGGAGCUGUGUCUGUCCAGAGGGCUAUGAAGGAGAUGGCUCUCUGUGCUAUGGGAAUGCAGCAGUGGAGAUUUUAUAUGAAGCAAGCUGCUUCUCACAGAUGGUACAUAACGCUUCUCUACAACCCAUGCUGUCAGCUGCCUCAAACCUCACUGUCCUUGUGCCUUCCCAACAAGCUAUCGAGGACAUGGACCAAGAAGAGAAAGCCUUUUGGUUGUCCAAGAGCAACAUUCCAGCCCUAAUAAAGUACCACACGCUACUGGGCACGUACGGAGUGGCAGAUCUGCGGACUCUGUCAUCUUCUGAUAUGCUGGCAACCUCUUUGCAGGACAACUUCCUUCACCUGGUGAAGACAGAUGGGAACAUCACAAUUGAAGGAGCGUCCGUCGUUGACGGUGACAAUGCAGCCACAAAUGGAGUGAUCCACAUCAUCAACAAGGUUCUGGUUCCCCAAAGAAGUCUGACUGGCUCCUUGCCAAACCUGCUCGCCCGGCUGGACCAGAUGCCUGACUAUUCCAUCUUCAGGGGCUACAUCAUUCAAUAUAAUCUGGCAAAUGCCAUUGAGGCUGCCGACGCUUACACAGUGUUUGCUCCAAACAAUGAUGCCAUUGAGAAUUACAUCCGGGAAAAGAAGGUCGCAUCUCUAGAGGAGGACAUAGUGAGGUAUCACGUGGUCUUGGAGGAGAAACUGCUGAAGAACGACCUGCACAAUGGCAUGCACCGGGAGACCAUGCUGGGCUUCUCCUACCUCCUCGGCUUCUUCCUCCGCAAUGACCAGCUCUAUGUAAACGAAGCUCCGAUAAACUACACCAAUGUAGCCACUGACAAAGGCGUGAUCCAUGGCUUGGGGAAAGUUCUGGAAAUUCUAAAGAACAGAUGUGAUAAUAACGACACUACUAUUCUACGAGGAAAGUGUGGGAAGUGUCCCCAGCAACCGAUCUGCCCAUUUGGAAGUAAACCACUAGGUGAAGAGAUGAGGAAAUGUAUUUAUACCGUUUAUUUCAUGGGCAAGCGAUCCGUGUUCAUUGGGUGCCAACCAAAAUGUGUGAAAACUGUCAUUACAAGAGAAUGCUGUGCGGGCUUCUUUGGCCCCCAGUGCCAGCCCUGCCCCGGGAAUGCCGAGAACACCUGCUUUGGAAACGGAAUCUGCUUGGAUGGAAUGAACGGCACGGGCAUAUGUGAGUGUGGAAAGGGCUUCAACGGGACGGCCUGUGAGACCUGCUCGGAGGGCAAGUACGGCAUCCACUGCGACCAAGCAUGUUCUUGUGUUCAUGGGAGAUGCAACCAAGGACUCUCGGGGGACGGCUCCUGUGAAUGUGACGCUGGCUGGCGGGGAGUGAAAUGCGACAGUGAGAUCACAAAGGAUGACUGCAAUGGAACGUGCCACACAAGCGCCAACUGUCUUCUCAACCCGGAUGGCACAGCCUCAUGCAAAUGUGCGGCAGGAUUCCAAGGGAACGGGACGGUCUGCACAGCAAUCAAUGCCUGUGAAAUCAGCAACGGAGGUUGCUCUGUCAAGGCAGACUGUAAAAGAACCACCCCAGGAAGCCGAAUGUGUGUGUGCAAGGCAGGCUAUACUGGCGAUGGUAUCGUAUGCAUAGAGAUCAACCCAUGUUUGGAGAACCAUGGUGGCUGUGACAGGAAUGCAGAGUGCACGCAGACAGGACCCAACCAGGCUGUCUGUAACUGUUUGCCGAAGUAUACUGGCGAUGGGAAGGUCUGCACGCUCAUCAACACCUGCUUAACCAGAAAUGGCGGCUGUAGUGAAUUUGCUGUGUGCAAUCACACUGGGAGAGAGGAAAGGACCUGUACUUGCAAGCCAAACUACAUCGGGGAUGGGUUUACCUGCCGUGGCAACAUCCAUCAGGAGCUUCCCAAGGACCCCAAAACUUCUCAGUAUUUCUUCCAGUUGCUGGAGCAUUCUGUACGAGACCUGGUGGGUCCGGGCCCCUUCACUGUUUUCGCACCUACUUCUGCAGCGUUCGAUGAGGAACUCCGGGUUAAAGAGUGGGACAGACAGGGCCUAAUGCCCCAGGUGCUUCGGUAUCACGUGAUCGCCUGCCACCAGCUGCUCCUGGAAAACCUGAAACUGACCCCAAAUGCUACUUCUCUCCAAGGAGAGUCAAUUGUCAUCUCUGUCUCUCAGGACACGGUGUAUAUAAAUAAUAAAGCUAAGAUCAUAUCCGGUGAUAUCAUCACGACCAAUGGAAUCAUCCACAUCAUAGACAAAUUGCUGUCUCCCCAGAACCUGCUUAUCACCCCUAGAGACGCCUCUGGGAAGAUUCUGCAAAAUCUUACGACAGUGGCAAUAAACCAUGGCUACAUCAAAUUCAGCAACUUAAUACAGGAUGUCGGCUUGCUGAGUGUCAUCACUGAUCCUAUCCACACUCCAGUCACUCUCUUCUGGCCCACGGACCAAGCCCUCCAAGCCCUACCCCCUGAACAACAGGAUUUCCUUUUCAAACAAGAAAACAAGGACAGGCUGAAGGAGUACUUGAAGUUCCAUGUGAUCCGAGAUUCCAAGGUUUUAGCAGUGGACCUCCCCAGAACUGCUGUCUGGAAGACCCUGCAAGGUUCAGAGCUGAGUGUGAAUUGUGGAUCUGGCAGUGACAUCGGUGAGCUCUUCCUGAAUGACCAAACAUGCAGAAUUGUACAACGGGAACUCUUAUUUGAUCUGGGCGUGGCCUACGGCAUUGACUGUCUACUGAUUGAUCCCACCCUGGGGGGCCGCUGUGACACUUUUGUCACACUCAAUAUCUCGGGGGAUUGUGGGAGCUGUACCUAUACUCCCAGCUGCCCAAGGUGGACAAAACCAAAGGGUGUGAAGCAGAAGUGUCUGUACAAUCUGUCCUUCAAGAGGAACCUGGAAGGCUGCCGGCAGCAGUGCGCCCUGGUGAUCCAGCUCCCCAAAUGCUGCAAGGGCUACUUCGGGAGAGACUGUCAGGCCUGCCCUGGAGGACCGGAUACCCCAUGUAAUAACCGCGGUGUCUGCCUCGAUCAGUACUGGCUCACGGGAGAGUGUAAAUGCAACGCCGGCUUCAAUGGGACGGCGUGUGAGCUGUGCUGGCCAGGGAGAUUCGGGCCUGAUUGUCAGCCCUGUGGCUGCUCCGCCCAUGGACAGUGUGAUGAUGGGAUCACAGGCUCUGGGCAGUGCCUCUGUGAAGCAGGAUGGACAGGCCGCCUCUGUGACACUCCGGCAGCCCUGCCCCCAGUGUGCACACCUCCUUGUUCUACUCGUGCCACCUGUAAGGAGAACAACACCUGUGAGUGUAACCUGAAUUACGAAGGAGAUGGCAUAACGUGCACAGUUGUGGAUUUCUGCAAACAGAACAACGGGGGCUGUGCAAAGAUCGCCAAGUGCUCCCAGAAAGACACAAAAGUCUCCUGCAGCUGCCCCAAGGGCUACAAGGGGGAUGGCCACAGCUGCAUGGAGAUAGACCCCUGUGCAGACGGCCUCAAUGGUGGGUGUCACGAGCAUGCCACAUGCAAGAUGACCGGCCCGGGCAAGCACAAGUGUGCAUGUAAAAGUCAUUACGUGGGAGACGGACUGGACUGUGAGCCAGAGGAGCUGCCCAUUGACCGCUGCUUACAGGACAACGGGCAGUGCCACGCCGAUGCCAACUGUGCCGACCUACACUUCCAGGAUACCACCGUUGGAGUGUUCCAUCUACGCUCCCCACUGGGCCAGUACAAGCUGACCUUUGAUAAAGCCAAACAGGCCUGUGCCAACGAAGCUGCAACCAUAGCAACCUACAACCAGCUCUCCUACGCUCAGAAGGCCAAGUACCACCUCUGUUCAGCAGGCUGGCUUGAGAGUGGGAGGGUUGCCUAUCCCACAGCCUAUGCCUCCCAGAACUGUGGCUCUGGUGUCGUUGGGAUAGUGGACUAUGGACCAAGAAACAACAAGAGUGAGAUGUGGGAUGUCUUCUGCUACCGGAUGAAAGAUGUCAACUGCACCUGCAAGGUGGGCUACGUGGGAGAUGGCUUCUCGUGCAGUGGGAAUCUACUGCAGGUCCUGAUGUCCUUACCCUCACUCACACAUUUCCUGACGGAGGUGCUGGCGUAUUCCAACAGCUCAGCCAGGGGCGGAGCAUUUCUGAAACGCCUGGCUGACCUGUCAAUUCACGGCACCCUCUUCGUGCCACAGAACAGCGGGCUGGGGGAAAAUGAGACGCUGUCUGGGCGGGACAUCGAGCACCACUUCGCCAAUGUCAACAUCUCUUUUUACGAUGACCUGGUCAAUGGUACCAUCCUGCAAACUAGGCUGGGAAGCCAGCUGCUCAUCACCUCCAGCGAGGACCAGGGCCAACCGGAGACCAGGUUUGUCGAUGGAAGAGCAAUUCUGCAAUGGGACAUCUUUGCCUCCAAUGGGGUCAUUCAUGUCAUUUCCAGGCCUUUAAAAGCACCUCCCACCCCAGUGACUUCAGUCCACACUGGCUUGGGGACAGGAAUAGUCUUUGCCAUCAUCCUGGUCAUUGGAGCCAUCGCUUUGGCUGCAUAUUCUUACUUUCGACUAAACCGCAGAACAAUUGGCUUCCAGCAUUUUGAGUCGGAAGAGGAUAUUGACGUCUCAGCUCUUGGCAAGCAGCAGCCUGAGAAUAUCUCGAACCCCAUGUAUGAGAGCGCCAACUCGGCUCCCCCAGAGCCCUCCUACGACCCCUUCAUGGACUCUGAAGACCAGCAGCUGGAGAGCUGUGACCCUCUGGGGGCGCUGUGAGGGCCCGACCAGCCAUCACCCACAGCCACCCGAGCCUCCUCAAAAAGGCCAUCCACUGUGAACCCUCAGCACCAUCUCCUUGGGGGGACCUAAGGUCCUCUCACAUUUGGAAAUAUAAAGCACUCAAGCCGUACCUCAUGUCUUGGUGAAUCUGCGGGCCUCUUGUUUCUGUGGGGGAGGGUCCAUGUCAGCCCCACCCACCAACUCAGGGGGACUUGCCCCUCCUCUGGCCUUCCGCCCUCCGUCCUGUGUAGCUGUAGAUGCCAUUUCCUACCUGACUCCAUAGUCACUGUGACUUCAUCUUCCCUUUCUAUUAGACUGUAAGCGCCCGAAGGCUGGGGCUGGCUUUAUUCAUCUUGUGUCUUAGCGUUUGGCACUGUGUCUGACACAUGAAAGGUGCUCAAUAAACGUUUAUGGAACAGGA